AUGGGGAGGAGGGCGUGCUGCGCGAAGGAAGGGGUGAAGAGAGGGGCGUGGACGGCCAAGGAGGACGACAUCUUGGCCGCCUACGUCAAGGCCCAUGGCGAAGGCAAAUGGAGGGAGGUGCCCCAGAAAGCCGGUUUGCGUCGGUGCGGCAAGAGCUGCCGGCUGCGGUGGCUGAACUACCUCCGGCCCAACAUCAAGCGCGGCAACAUCUCCUACGACGAGGAGGAUCUCAUCAUCCGCCUCCACAAGCUACUCGGCAACAGGUGGUCGCUGAUUGCAGGCAGGCUGCCGGGCCGAACAGACAAUGAAAUCAAGAACUACUGGAACAGCACGCUGGGCCGGAAGGCCGGCACCGUUGCCGGCGGCGGCAGCAGGGUCGUCGUCGUCGCGCCCGACACCGGCUCGCACGCCACCCCGGCGGCGUCGGGGAGCUGCGAGACCGGGCAGAAAGGCGCCGCCGCUCCUCGCGCGGACCCCGACUCCGCCGGCUCCGCCGCAGCAGCCGGGACGACGGCCUCGGCGGCGGUGUGGGCGCCCAAGGCCGUGCGGUGCACGGGCGGACUCCUCUUCUUCCACCGGGACACGCCGGCGCCGCACGCGGGCGAGGAGACGCCGCCGACGCCAAUGGCCGGUGCAGGAGGAGGAGGAGGAGGAGGAGAAGCAGGAUCGUCGCCGGACGACUGCAGCUCGGCGGCGUCGGUAUCGCCCCUCGUGGGAAGCCAGCAGGACGAGCCCUGCUUCUCCGGCGACGGCGGCGGCGGCGGCGGCGACUGGAUGGACGACGUGAGGGCCCUGGCGUCGUUCCUCGAGUCCGACGAGGAGUGGCUCCGCUGUCAGACGGCCGAGCACGAGCAGCUUGCGUAG